UAAUGCAGUAAGAAAAGUCUGAAGAUCUGAGGGAGUCUGGCCUGAAGAUGGGCGAGUUUAGAAAUCCGAGAUGCCUCUGAAUGCUAGGGCUUCUGAGCCCUGUUGGGAAGCCAUGGACCCCAGCAGCCUCUGAAAGUUGUGGUGGGCUCUCUGGCUCCUGAAGCCUCAAGCAAUGGGACACCUUUCCUGCAGCGAUCCCAACUUAAUCGGCGGGGGCCAGAGAACACGGACUGCAAGGCGACAGCAGACAGGAACGGAGGCAGGGGAACGAGAUUCCGAGACUCGGUUGCGAUGCGCCAGCCUGGCACACUCUCCGACAUCUAACUGAAGCCAGCACCGUCACCUGCUCCACCCCCCCACCCCCCCACCCCUAAAACCCCUCGGGCCAGCCCAGGGCCAGAAGGAAGAUGCUAGCCGGGUCUAAGGGUCCGAGGCCAGGGCUCUGAUCCCUACGGAUUUCUUCCUUGUAUGGAUCUGGCCAUCUCUACAGAAAAAACAAGGGUAAAAUAAGAAGAAAGAAAGAAAAAAGAAAGGAAAAGAAGAAAAUAUACCCACCCCCAAAACGUGCCUCCCAACGCCGCAGGGAGCCUCCAGCGAGUUGAGCACCAGCAGCGCUCUUCCCGCCCGCAGCCAGGCUGGACACUCUCCGUGGUGCUGAACCUGCACGGCUGCCGCUGUCCGCGGUACCUAAACCGCCUGGCUGCGAUUCUCCCCCAGCUCUGCCACUCCGUCCCUCUACUCCCCAGCUCCCUUAAACAUCUGGAUUAUUUUCCCCAGUGGCACUCUCUGGCUUCAUAAGUGCCUAUCGGGAACCUUUUUGCAACCCAUAACUCGUGGACUUUACAGCACAAGAACCUGGAAAAUGUACAGCUUCAAUACUCUACGAUUCUACCUUUGGGAGACCAUUGUAUUCUUCAGCCUUGCUGCAUCCAAGGAGGCUGACGCUGCACGCUCUGCACCCAAACCUAUGUCACCCUCGGACUUCCUGGAUAAGCUCAUGGGGAGGACUUCUGGGUAUGAUGCCAGGAUCAGACCCAACUUUAAAGGUCCUCCUGUGAACGUGAGUUGCAACAUCUUUAUCAACAGCUUCGGAUCCAUCGCUGAGACAACCAUGGACUAUAGGGUCAACAUCUUCCUGAGGCAGCAGUGGAAUGACCCCCGUCUGGCCUACAAUGAAUACCCUGACGACUCUCUGGACCUCGACCCAUCCAUGCUGGAUUCCAUCUGGAAACCUGACCUGUUCUUUGCCAAUGAGAAGGGGGCCCACUUCCACGAGAUCACCACCGACAACAAACUGCUGAGAAUCUCCCGCAACGGCAACGUCCUCUACAGCAUCAGAAUCACCCUGACACUGGCCUGCCCCAUGGACCUGAAAAAUUUUCCGAUGGAUGUACAGACAUGUAUCAUGCAACUGGAAAGCUUUGGAUACACCAUGAAUGACCUCAUCUUUGAGUGGCAGGAGCAGGGAGCUGUGCAGGUGGCAGACGGACUGACCCUGCCUCAGUUUAUCCUGAAGGAAGAGAAGGACCUGAGAUACUGCACCAAGCACUACAACACAGGUAAAUUCACCUGCAUCGAGGCCCGGUUCCACCUGGAGCGGCAGAUGGGCUACUACCUGAUCCAGAUGUACAUCCCCAGCCUGCUCAUUGUCAUCCUGUCCUGGAUCUCCUUCUGGAUCAACAUGGAUGCUGCACCAGCUCGUGUGGGCCUGGGCAUCACCACCGUCCUCACCAUGACCACACAGAGUUCUGGCUCCCGAGCCUCCCUACCCAAGGUGUCCUACGUGAAAGCCAUUGACAUCUGGAUGGCCGUGUGCCUGCUCUUUGUGUUCUCCGCCCUGCUGGAAUAUGCCGCCGUCAACUUCGUGUCUCGGCAACACAAGGAACUGCUCCGAUUUAGGAGGAAGCGGAGGCAUCACAAGGAUGAUGAGGGUGGGGAAGGCCGCUUCAACUUCUCCGCCUAUGGGAUGGGCCCAGCCUGUCUGCAGGCCAAGGAUGGCAUCUCGGUCAAGGGCGCCACCAACAACAACACCACCAAUCCCCCUCCGGCGCCAUCCAAGUCCCCAGAGGAGAUGCGGAAACUCUUCAUCCAGAGAGCCAAGAAGAUUGACAAGAUAUCACGCAUUGGCUUCCCCAUGGCCUUCCUGAUCUUCAACAUGUUCUACUGGAUCAUCUACAAGAUUGUCCGAAGGGAGGAUGUCCACAACAAGUGA